AUGCAAUUCACUGAAAGAGCUAAGAAACUAAGAGACCGAAAUAUAAACAAUCGGAGCUAUUACAAGAUACCUCACACUUUAGGGAAGAAGAGCAUUUGUCGAAAAUCUAAAGAAAUUGAAAAACUUGCUCAUACAAGGACUCUAAAUACAGGAAUCGAUGAAUUCUCUCAAGUUUUUGGAGCUGAACGUCCUGGAAGUGUUCGUUGUGUUGGUCUUGGUCCUACGCCUUCCACCUUUUUCAAGAAUCGGCCUACAACAACAGCAGAGAAAACAGAAGUUGCUUGCUUGAGGAACAAAGUCAAUUAUCUUGAAGAGGAACUGGAAAAGUUGCAAGCUGAAAACGGGAGGCAUCACGAGCUCUAUGUCCUCAUCAACGGCGGCUUCACCGACGGCGAUCAACGACGGGAGCUUGGGAUCGAUCUUCUCAAGCUCUCUUCGGAGAAAGGGCCAGACAUAUUCCAGUACGGCGUCGCCAUGAAUCGCCUUCCAACGGGCAAUAUCGCUAAUAACCAUACCUUUGUGCAGAAGCUGAAAACGGGAGGCAUCACGAGCUCUAUGUCCUCAUCAACGGCGGCUUCACCGACGGCGAUCAACGACGGGAGCUUGGGAUCGAUCUUCUCAAGCUCUCUUCGGAGAAAGGGCCAGACAUAUUCCAGUACGGCGUCGCCAUGA